UGUCAUCAAAGUUGAAAGUAUAUUUUUGUAGGUUGUGAAAGCGCAUAGAAAAUUAAUCUAAAUUAAUUCUUUGGCUAGUGUUCCGUUGUUUUAUAGUUAUUACAAUCUACGAAUACUUUAUUUAAUAUCUGAAGAAAUAAUCGAAUGAAGAAACAACUUUACGAGUUUUAGGAUCGUUGUUCUAUUUGCAAUCCGAAAAUAUUGCCAAAAAUGGCACUGAAUUACAUUCGACAAAUAGCAAGAACUUCGUACUCUAUUGGGAAUGUAUCGAAAAAUGUCCAGAGAACGAUAAGUACCAGUAAACCAUUAAGAAUAGGUAUGAUACCUAUAGUUGUAGAGCAAACGGGUAGAGGUGAGCGGGCUUAUGACAUUUACUCGCGACUUCUUCGGGAGCGCAUCAUUUGUCUUAUGGGACCUGUAAACGAUGAGAUAAGCUCACUGAUCGUGGCGCAGUUGUUAUUCCUUCAGUCAGAAUCAAGUAAAAAGCCCGUACACUUAUAUAUCAAUUCUCCCGGAGGUAAUGUUACGGCUGGAUUAGGUAUUUACGACACGAUGCAAUAUAUUACUCCUCCAGUAGCUACAUGGUGUGUGGGACAAGCCUGCAGCAUGGCAUCACUACUUCUGGCAGCUGGAGCUCCGGGCAUGAGACAUGCACUUCCAAACUCUCGCAUCAUGAUCCAUCAGCCCUCUGGAGGUGUGAGAGGCCAAGCCACAGAUAUACAGAUCCAAGCGGAGGAGAUUUUGAAGCUCAAGGCACAGAUAAAUACUCUGUAUGUUAGACAUACUGGGCUACCUAUAGAGAAAGUGCAGUCUUCAAUGGAGCGGGAUUACUUCAUGUCUCCGACUGAGGCGAAGGGCUUUGGUCUUAUUGACAAUGUUUUGGAGCACCCGCCAUCGCAUGCCAUGGAGCAGCAGUGUGCCACGGGAGCUGCUGUGACUAAAGGAGUAGUCUCACCUAUCAACCCUGCCACUGCUUGAUGUUUGGGCACAGACAGCAAUCUACAUCAGCCACAAAUAUCCACCGUUGGUGUUUCCAGUGCUAAACUCUUGUGAUAAUUGACUCAUUGUUAUCAUAGUAAAUUGUAUUUUAUAGCAAUAUUUUAUUUUCAAUUUUA